UAAAAAGCGAUCGGUUUUGGCUUUCCACGUUAAUUUUGCAACCUGAAAAUAUAUCUAGUGUAGUAAAUUAAACAGCCAUGUGUGUCUUAUGUGCUAUUCCGUCUCGCGCUAACUGGGCACUGGGUAAGGCGCUAUCCAGCCGGGCCAUGAACUUCAGUUUGCCGUUUCCGGGAGACGGCAGCGUUCCCGACGGCGUCGAAGAUAUUGUCGACGGGACAUGUAUGUCCUGGGAAGACAUUACCCGGGUGUCGCUCGUCAUCCUGCUGCUGAUGGUAAUGGUGGGACUGCGCGUCUACCAGCUGCAGAUGGAGCUCCAGGAUGCGCUUAACGGACGAUCAACCGUCUCGGGCAACGCCACGCCCUUCAAAGACGCCCCUGGACACCGAAUGACGGAAGGCCGAAAGGGAUUACGUGGCUGAUUAAAAACGCCUAUCCAGUCUGGUGUCAGCACUGUGUGCCGGCGUUACAGCGGCCGGAAUCUCUAGGGUAGCCGGUGGAGGCGUUCUGUACAUACUUCGUCGGCUUUCUAUACACUUGGUUGUACUGCGCAUGCUGCCGCCAACAUUGACAGUUAACUACAGCCAGUAAUUAAUUAUACGCAUCAUUUUCUUAUAUCUAUAUUAUUACAACUCUAUAUGACCUUUAAUAAGUAUCACGUGAAAGUACAAACUAAGUACUAGAAACAGAAGUUUGAUGAUGUUUGAUCAACUUUGAUGAUUACAACUUAAUAGGUUUCUAUUUUAUCUUGUUAUUUUGUGUUAUUAUUGAAUAUUUUUACAACCGCACCUUCACCAUGGGCAUUUUCAUCUAUUAAUAGCGUUUCGACAUUGAUUAAGUGUACUGAAAAAGGCACCAUAGAAUUAUUGCAUACGUUGGAAUUACGCACGUGUAUUGUCUAUAUACGCUCUUAUAUAGAU